AUGUUACUAUUUAUUUAGGCUUCAAUCCUUUUUUCCGUAUUUAAAGAUCCAAAGCUUUUAGCAAUCAAUGCAAUAUAUCAAUGUAAAAUGAGGUACUUAAUAUAAUCUUCGAAUAUAAUAUUUAAUUGCCUCGAAUAUUCAUGUAUACCUUUAAUUUAAUUAGGCUUUUUGGUAUUGAUAGCCCUUUUGAGUGCAAAAUAUGAAUUAUUCGAUGUAAUACGUACAGCUCUCUCUGCAUUUUUCUUAAUUGGAUUUUAAGUGAAAGAACAAAUUUCCUUAAAAUAAAAUUAACAAAAGGGAAUUGAAAACCAAACAGACUAAUUCCCAAUAUAGAUAGAAACAGAUACUAUUAUAACUUCAUAACAAUUAACAUCAAAUAAUCCAGAAAUUUUUCUAGAUGAUUUCUUAGGUAUUGUUCAAUCCAAUUAGAAGAUGAACGAUAUUUUGUAACAAAUGAAUUACGACGAUGUUACGAAGCUCUUGCAAGAAAUAUAGAUCACUAACAUAGACUCUAAUUCUGCAAAGAAGAUGGGAAGAUAUAAAGAUGACUCAUUAUGGUUUUUAUUGAAAAGGAUAAUUAAUAAAAGAUUAGAAAUUUAUAUUUAAGUUUUGGAUUAUUAUCAUCCUGCAUUUCAAAAAUAUUUAAUUUUGAUUCAUUAUAAGACUCAGUUUUAAAUUCAAUUCAUAUAAGUGAAUGAAAGAGACACUUAUACCAAAAAGAAAUAUCUCAGCCAAAUAUUAUACUAGUUAUUCAAAUCAUUUUCACAUGAAUUCGGAACAUUACUAAACUAUCUCUUGGCAUUAUCUUAAGUAGCAAUAGAUCAAUUCCCUGAUCAAGUGGGGUUUUUCUAACCAAUAAAAUCGACAGGCCAAAUAAUGCAUCAUUUUGUUUAAGACAUGGUUGAUUAUAGCGAUAUUUUAAAUAAGAAAUUCUAGUUGUAAUUUGCACCUGUCGAUGUGGAAGACUUACUGCAAGAAGUUAUCGGAUUCUAUAAGUCAUAAAUUGAAGAGAAAGGGUUGAAAAUUGGUUAUUAAAUUAAUCUCGGAAGACAAGCAAAAAUUUUUCGAUGGUCGAAGAUGCAAUUUACAGUUUAAGGAGGCAUCAAAAUCACUGUUACUGAGUAAUCAGGUUUCACUAUAUUUUCAGUUGAAGAUACUGGAUUCGGAAUGAACUUAGAAUCAUUUGAAAAUUUAAAUCACAUCCUAGAAAACGAGUUUAAGUCUGAACAAAAGAUUUCGUAACACACUGCUGGAUUUGGUUUGGGCUGUUAUUUAUCGAAUUAGAUUGCUUUGAAAUUAUCAAACUUGCCCAAAUUAGCUGGUGGAGGAUUACAAUAUACUAGGCUAGAGAAAGGAAUUCGUGUUUCUUUCAGAGUCAAGAAUUAGCCAUUUGAAAUAUUGUAUACAAGUUGUGACAUAUCAUCCAUGAAAUCUGGGAUAUUGUUUAAUGAAAAUGGAUAUUUCGAUUCUCGUUAAUCUAUCAUAGAUUUACAACUUACAAAUAAGCAUAAAUCUACAGAAACCCAUCUAAUAUUGAAUAUGAAUAGAAAAUCUGCUUUAUUAUCAAUUUCAUUUUCUCCAAAUUAGAUAAAAUAUUAAGUUGAAUAAGAAUUAAAUCAAGAAAAUGAAAUUUCUGAUAGAUUAAGGAAAUGUCAAUUUGUUAAAAGAAGAGAAACCUAAAAAAAAUCACCUACUUUUGGAGCAUCUACUAGUGAUGUAAAGGAUGUCAAAAAUUUCAAAGAAUAAACGCACAUCUUAAUUGUUGAUGAUGAGAUGAUUAAUAUUAUUAGUCUUAAGAUACUGCUUAGUCAAUUUAACAUUAAAUGCACUUCUGCUUUUAAUGGAUUGGAAGCAUUAAAUAAAUUAAAAGAAUCUAAUGAGCGAUUCGAUCUGAUUUUUAUGGAUGUUAAUAUGCCUAUAAUGGAUGGGUUUGAAGCCACAGAAUAAAUAUUGAAAUUUGAUGAUAACUUACUAAUUGCGGCUUGUACUGCCUUUGCUGAUGUAGAGACCAAAGCUAAAUGCUAUUCUGUUGGAAUGAAAACUCUUGAAAUUAUUGAAUCACUUAAAUUUAAUUAUAUAAUGAUUAAACAUAGAAAAUAGGCCAUACUAGGGAUGUACAUUCUGCAACUCAUUUAUUCUACUCUAGAAUGCACUCGAGUUCCCAUUUUGAAACUCAUUUUGCUUUUAAUCAGCUUAGUUAUAAGCAUAUUCUAAAUAGUACUUUUCACAAAAUGCAAUAAAUGGAAUAUAUACACUCAAUUCGCCAUCAAUAUUAUGAGUAUUUUCGCCAAAUAGAGUGAUCAAUUCAUGAUACUAUAAUCCCUUGUAGGAUUUACAAUUUUUAUGCAAAUUGAUCAAAAAAGAUGGCAUAUAAAUAUUCUUGCUUGUUCAAUCCAUGUAACCCUACUCUGUAUAUAUUCAUAAAAUAAUGAAGUCCAAUCUUAUUUGAUGACAAUAUUCACGAUCAUGAUUCUCUCCUAUUUUUCUUGGGCUACCAAAGUGUAGAAACUAUAAAAAGAGCAAAGCAAAGGAUCUUUGCUUACAUCUCGAGUGCCCAAUACGUUGAAGUCCCUCGUUUCUUUGGAGGAUAUACAUUUUAUAGAAUAAAGAGCUAUUGUUCUUGAAAAUUCAACUACCCUUGAAGUGAGAACCUUUGCCAAUGAACUCAGAGAAUUGUUAAUAAGAGACGAGGUUUUGGAAGACAACUUAUUGGAUCACAUGAAAAUACUAAAGGUAGACAAACAGACCUAAAGAAACCUAAAUUAAAAAAUAAAGGGAAUUAGUAUGCGUUAGCUUAUAAACAAAUGUUAAAUCCUACAGAAGACUGCAGAGAUAUUGGAAUAUUAUUAGUUAAAGUUGAAAUUUGAAAGAGAUGUGAUUAUGUUAAAGUUUGAAGAAAUCAAAGAGUUUGCGAAAUACAUAAAAAAAAAUUCGUGCUAUGCAUUGAUGAAUAAAUUGUUUCAAUCCUUCAGUCACGAAUUCGGAACAUUAUUGAAUCAGAUUGCUCUCAAUGCCUAGAAUGGAAUAGCCCAAUUUCCAUCUAUGAAGGAGCAAUUUGAUUCCAUUUAUAAUUGUGUAGUUAUGAUGAAUAACAUGGUCAAAGAUUUAAAGGAUUUUCAUUAAUUACGCAGUAAAACAUUUCAACUCGAGAUUGUUGAUGUAAAGAUUGAUGACAUAUUUGCUGAGCUCUCAAGCUUAUUCAAAUAAUAAGCGACAUAAAAAAAGCUAUCCCUUUAUCUAGUGAAUCGAGUAAAAACGACUUUCAAGUAAGAUGAAUAAAGAAUUAAAUAAAUACUGUAAAAUCUUAUUUAGAAUGCUAUUAAAUACACAAAUUAGGAUGGACACAUUUAUGUUACUGCAGAGAAGGAAGAUGACAAAAGAAUAAGGUUUUCUGUUUUGGAUUCAGGUAUUGGAAUAACUGAAAGUGUUGCUUCUAAUAUCGAAAAAAUGCUGGGUAAUGAUCUGAUUUUGACGUCAAAACUUUCAGAAGGGGCAGCUGGAUUGGGUUUAGGAUUGUUGAAUUCAAAUUAUUUAAUCAAACACUUGUCAUCUUUCCAACAAGCACAUAAAGAACACUUAUAAUUUAAAUCAAAAUUAGGAGAUGGCACUAAAUUUUGGUUUAAUAUUUGGAAAUAUCAAGUGUUGGAUUCAUCGGAAAGUUAAUUUGAAUCAAAAUCAAUAAAAAUGAUUGACAAGAAGGUAUUCCUCCACUAGAAGUCCAUCAUUGCACCACCUCUUUCCUGCAUGGCCUAGAAUCCUAAAAGUUGUCCUUCAUAAAUUAGGAGAUUGACUCCAAGUAGAUCUUGCCAAAAUAGACGAUAGCCUUAAAUAUUUUUCCCAUCUAAUAUAAAGGAUGAGAACAUUAUGAUAAUGGAAGAGGAUGACAGAACCAUCUCAGAUGACCCUAAACCAAAUAAUUUACCAAAUCAUUAACCAAGUCAUUUACCAGGUCUUACGGCAAGAUUACCAUCUAUGGGCUCACCUUAAUGUUAAUAUGUUAAAUUACUCCUGGUUGAUGAUGAACCAGCUAAUUUAUUUCCUCUAAAGAUUAUGAUUAAAAUGCUUGGUUUUGAGAGUGACAUAGCAUUAAGUGGAUAUUAGGCUAUUCAAUAGGUGGAAUCAAGAUUAAAUUAAAAAUGUUAAUAUCGUUUAAUUUUAAUGGAUAUCAACAUGCCUUAGAUGGAUGGAUUUGAAACUACAAGAUCAAUUAAAUAGAUUUAACCAGAAAUUACAAUUGUAGCUUGUUCGGCAUUCAGUGACAUCCCAGUUGCAUGGGAUGUUGGGUUAUCUUGA